AUGGAGCCUCCCCCACGGCUCUCCUUCUCCAACAGUACGGGAGCGAGCGUGUCCUGCGCGGCACACGGCGGCCCCGCACCGACCAUCACGUGGCUCACUGAAGAUGGUGUACCAGUUUCUGAUGUUCCUGGCCUUCGAUCUUUGUUCCCAAGAUAUACCCUAAUCCAGUCGUCACAGCUAAGAUUAAUGCGUGUCACGGCCGAGUGGGUUUUGUUUACUUUUACCCUCCGAAUGAAUGAUGCGUUCCUCCCCUUA